GCUGGCGGCGGCGGCGCGGCCUGGGCAGAGGGGGCGGCGAGCCCGGGCCUGGCGGAGAGCGGGCGGCGGGGUGGCUUUCCCGGCGCGGCGCCGCCUCAGCUCGGCGCGGCCUACGGGGCCGGCCCCGUGCCGCCUUCCCGCCGGGCCGCGCUCCCUCCGCGCCGCUUUCCCGCCGCCGCCCUCGGCCCUGGGUGGGCGCCGCGCCCGAGAGUGCUCGGUGGGGCCGGGCGGGAGGCGGAGCGGGCCCGGGGCUUCAAGCGGCAGGGCCGGCCCGGGCUGUACCGAGUGAGCCUCGGGGCUCUGCCGGGAGCGGCCGAGGUGCUGUCGGUGGUGGCAGCCGGCUCUGCUUGUGACAAAACCCGUGUGGGCGUCCCGGGCUCUACCCGCUCACCGGGACCAGCCCGGCGCCGUGGGAGCGCAGGUUCCCAGGACUCCUAGGAUGAGGCUGCUGUGAAGGACUGGUGGAUCCCCUGCCUGUGCUGUGGUGCCUGCAGAUUCCCUGUGAUCCCCUUUCCAGCUGGAGCACGGUUGCCAAGGCUGCUGGGAAGAAUGACUGUUGGAUGCCUACUGCAAUCCCCUGUCCUGGGGAGGACUUGGCUCCCCGUGCUGCUGCUGGCAGCCUCUGCUCACUGCCACUGGCCCAGCGAGCCGGCAGAAGUGGUUCGGGACUGGGAAAACCAGCUGGAGGCCUCCAUGCACUCGGUGCUCUCGGACCUCCGGGAGACUGUGCCGGCUGUGGUGGGCAUUCCCGACAGCUCUGCCGUGGUGGGACGCUACUUCAGAGUCUCCAUCCCCACGGAUUUAAUUGCUUCCAAUGGAGAAGUUGUCCAGAUCUCUGAAGCUGGGAAGGACUCCUUGCCUUCUUGGUUGCACUGGAAUGCAGAGAGCAGCUCCCUGGAAGGGUUGCCCCUUGACACAGACAAGGGUGUCCACUACAUCUCGGUGACCACUCUGCAGCCCUUCCCAAAUGGGAGCUAUGUCCCACAGACCACAAAUGUCUUCUCUGUUGAGGUCCACCAAGAAGACCACAACGAGCCUCAGUCAGUGCGAGUGGCCGUCCAGGACAUGAGUGAAACAGCACCUUUCGUGUGUGGCUCGGAAGAGCCAGUCACUAUCCUGACUGUCAUUUUGGAUGCUGACUUAACAAAAAUGACACCAAAGCAGAGGAUUGAACUCUUAAACAGAAUGAGAAGCUUUUCAGAGGUGGAACUUCACAACAUGAAGUUGGUUCCUGUUGUAAAUAACAGACUCUUUGACAUGUCAGCCUUCAUGGCUGGGCCAGGAAAUGCAAAGAAGGUGGUGGAAAACGGGGCCUUACUCUCAUGGAAACUGGGAUGUUCCCUGAGCCAAAACAGUGUCCCCAACAUCAGCAAGGUGGAGGCUCCAGCUAAGGAAGGAACCAUGUCUGCCCGCCUUGGCUACCCAGUUGUUGGCUGGCACAUUGCUAACAAGAAACCUCACCUCCCAAAGAGGAUGCGGCGGCAGAUCAACGCCACCCCUACGCCUUUGACUGCCAUCGGGCCGCCCACCACUGCCGCACAAGAGCCACCCACGAGGAUUGUCCCCACCCCAACGUCACCUGCCAUCGCGCCUCCCACAGAGACAACAGCACCCCCGGUCCGGGAGCCCAUUCCACUGCCAAGGAAGCCAACAGUCACCAUCAGAACCAGAGGCCCCAUUGUGCAGACACCCACGCUGGGGCCGAUCCAGCCAACCAGGGUAGCAGAAGGCACAGGCACAGCCUCUGUGCCGAUCCGCCCCACCAUGCCCGGGUAUGUAGAGCCCACAGCAGUGAUCACACCGCCCUCAACUACCACCAAGAAACCGAGAGUCUCCACCCUGAAGCCAGCCACACCGUCCACAACAGAUUCCUCCACGGCAAUAACACGGAGGCCUACUCGAAGGCCCAAAACUCCCCGUCCGACAAAGCCUCCCAGCACAACCAGAUCCCCCAUCUCCAAGCUGACAACGGCCUCUCCGCCGUCCCGCGUGCGCACCACAGCCAGCGGGCUGCCCCGGCCCUGGGAGCCGAAUGAGCCACCCAAGCUGACGAACCACAUCGACAGGGUCGACGCGUGGGAAGGCACCUACUUUGAGGUUAAGAUACCGUCGGAUACCUUCUAUGACAAGGAAGACACCACCACUGACAAGCUGCAGCUGACCUUGAAGCUGAAGGAACAGCAGAUGAUCGAGGAGAAUUCGUGGGUGCAGUUCAACAGCACCAGCCAGCUCAUGUACGGCAUGCCAGACCACAACCACAUCGGGAAGCACGAGUACUUCAUGUAUGCCACCGACAAGGGCGGGCUUUUUGCCGUGGAUGCUUUUGAAAUCCACGUCCACAAACGCCCACAUGGGGACAAGUCUCCAGUGAAGUUCAAGGCCAGGCUGGGAGGGGACCAUAAUGCAGUGGUGAAUGACAUCCAUAAGAAGAUCAUGCUGGUGAAGAAGCUGGCUCUGGCAUUCGGUGACAGGAACAGCAGCACGAUCACAGUUCAGGACAUCACAAAAGGCUCCAUCGUAGUGGAGUGGACCAACAACACACUGCCCCUGGAGCCUUGCCCUCGGGAGCAGAUCCGGACUUUGAGCAAAAAAAUUGCAGAUGACUCUGGCAGGCCGAGCCCAGCUUUCUCCAAUGUCCUGCAGCCCGAGUUCAAGCCUCUGAAUGUGUCCGUGGUUGGUUCUGGCAGCUGCAGGCACAUCCAGUUUAUUCCCGUGACCAAGGAUGGCAGGGUGAUCUCAGAGGCCACACCAACGGUGGCAGCAGGCAAAGACCCCGAGAAGAGCAGCGAGGACGAUGUGUACCUGCACACCGUCAUCCCUGCCGUGGUGGUGGCCGCCAUCCUCCUCGUGGCUGGCAUCAUUGCCAUGAUCUGCUACCGCAAGAAGAGGAAAGGCAAACUGACCAUCGAAGACCAGGCCACCUUCAUAAAGAAAGGCGUGCCCAUCAUCUUCGCCGACGAGCUGGACGACUCCAAGCCCCCACCGUCCUCCAGCAUGCCCCUCAUCCUCCAGGAGGAGAAAGCCCCACUGCCCCCUCCAGAGUACCCCAACCAGAGCAUGCCGGAGACCACACCGCUCAACCAGGACACCAUCGGGGAGUACACUCCGCUGCGGGACGAGGACCCCAACGCGCCGCCCUACCAACCUCCCCCCCCCUUCACUGCACCCAUGGAGGGGAAAGGCUCCCGCCCGAAGAACAUGACCCCGUACAGGUCCCCACCGCCCUACGUUCCCCCUUAACAAACGGGAGGCUCUCGGGGAGAAGGGGCCUCCAGCUCCACACCGGUGCUGUCUGUGGGCCGGCAGCCCCCUCGCCAGCCGGGAACACGAAACCCCAGCCCGCUCCCCAGCAGGCUCUCCCCGGCUGCGCCCGCCGCACCGGAGCGCUCGCGGGACUUGGGGGGACACUUGUUUUAUUUUUGCCUAACAAGCUUUGGUUUUAUUUUAUUCAUAGAAAAAAAAAAAUCUCGGCUCAAAGAUGCCUUCCCGGCGGCUUCGGCCGGGGCCGGGGCGGUGGGCAGGGAGGGGGGUCGGGACGGGUCGGGCCGGGUCGGGAGGAGCAGGCAGCACUGGGGUAGCACUCUGGGUCUCCGCUGUUUGCCUUUAACACUAACUGUACUGUUUUUUCUAUUCACGUGUGUCUAGCUACAGGACGUAACAUGAAAGGUAGCCUAAAAAUAAUUAAAUUCAAGGGACUUUCUGAAGUCGAUGGUUUAAGUUUUUACAUUUAAUCUGCUGUUUACCUAAACUGGGAUGUGUAGUUUUUGGGGAGGGGGAGGGCAGUGCUGUGCUGCAGGCGAGCUCCAUGGGCUGGUCAGCGGGGCCAGCCAUCCUCCUCCUCCUCCUCCUCCUCUCGGGGUGGAUCAGCUUCUUGGUUUGGGGUUUGAUUAUUUUAUCAUUUUUAUUUUAUUUUUAAUCAAAGAAAUCCUAUCUUUCUCAUGCAUCAUAAAAUAGUCGUGAGUUGGGUCAGCCUGGCGUGAGGUGCCCAUGGCUGAGCAGGGGCUGCAUCGCUGCGCCGGGGAACGCUCGCAGGAGGAUGAGCUGAGCCCUGUGCCACGACGACUUCUCUGCUUCCCAGCGAGCACCAGGGUUGGGAGGGUCGAUUUUAAGCAAAACCCCCUGCCCGUGGGGUGUUUUGACGAGCGUAGGGUGUGUUCUCGGUCCCGGCUGCUCCUUGGGACUGUGCAAGAAUGGCCUCGCUGGCCUCACGCUGGCACUCCAGCCUGGACACUGUUGGAAAAGAUAAAAAAAUUAAAAAAAAAAUAAAUAAAUAAAUAAAAAGGAAAAAAAAAAAAAAAAGAAAAAA